AUGCCAAAUUUUCACUCAGAUUGGUCUAAAAAAUCUCGAAGUGUUAAUUCAAAUGUGAAUUCAGUCAACUACAAAAAUUCGCAGAAUCAAUCACUAUCACGCAGUAAUGGUGAUAAUUUGGAUCAGUUACCUUGUAAAAACAGAUCAAAAUCUAAUUUUGAUAAAUCUCGCGUCAUCAAUCGUAGUACAGCUUUCGAACGCUUAAAAAGAUCAAAAUCAAAGCAAAACAUCAAACAGUCUGGAUUAAAUGAAUCGAAGUUAGUUCCUACUCGCGUGUUACCUCCACGUCAGAGGUAUUCCCGCUGGGCACUUCCGCGUCCUAAUCCAAUCAUAUCUGACAAUUUAGAGAAUGGCAGUCAUCAAACAAGCCACGGCAAUAAGUUGGAAUCUCUUAGUUAUAGAAAGAACAAAAGGUACGAUGAUCAUAAACUGACACAAUGGGAUUCUAAUGAUCUCUUAGGGAAAUGUGGGUUAAGCCCGUUAUUAGGCUACAUUGACAGUGAUGAUGAGAACAAGAAUGGCAAUAAUAUGGAUUCCAGUUAUAUUUGGCCACCUCUCACUAAAGCAGAAAAUCACAUAACAUAUGGUUCAUCUCAUCAUGCCCAUACAACGAUGAAAAAAGUAGAUUCAACUGUUACUACUUCAUCUUCCUGUGGUUUAUGUGAAGAUUAUUGUUUGCCAAACUGUAAUCCACAUCAAAUGACAAGUAAUAUUACAGCUUUCCAGUCUGAGUCUGCUUUCAAGAUUAAUAAUAAUAAUAAUGAUAGAGGAGCUUUUAACGUAUCUGCAUGCUCUUCAAGCUCUUCAGCUUCAACCUUUUCCUAUCAUUCUGAUCUUUCUAACGUAUUCCCUAACUCCAAAUCAAUAGAUCAGUUUCAUUCAUCUUGUGGGACUCCUAGUUAUCAGCAUUCGGAGAAUUCUGAUAAUAAUGGUAUGAAGGUUUUAAAGUCAACGGCAAAAAAUGGAUUUGUCCAGAAUGAUUAUAUGCAAAAUAAUUUACUCUUACCUUCAACAUUGCCAGGUGAUAGUAAUUCAGUUAAUAAAUCAUCAUCAGCUGACGAAUCAACGUUAGCUAAUUGGGCAUCUGUAUUUCUUUCUGAUGACGAUGGUAGUGAUUUAGACUGUUUAUUCAACGACAACAAGCAAACUGAUGAUGCUUUCAAUCUAUUUACAAAUGAAAGCUUCGAAUCAGGAGUCCAUUCAACCUCAACAUUGCAAUCAUCACCGACAUCUUUAUCAUCUCCACCAGUACCACCAACAUCGUCUUCCUGUUUGUUGAAGACGCCUUCGUUUUUAUCAAAAAGUGCUAAAGAUAUACCUGAGAUUUUUGUAAGUGAUUCUAAACAACCUAUUGAAUCGUCAAAUGUUCACUCGUCAAAUGACAAUAAUCCGAUACUAGAAGAGCUUGGUUUAGAAACAGUUGGUUUGGAUUUUGAGUCAUUGGAUGUACUAGUUGAUAGUGGUGGAACAAUCCCACUAGACAUUGACUUCUCUUUAACAACUGGUUUUAACAGUGAUACAUUCCUAGAUUCAGGUGAUUCAUUGGCACAUGACUGGAAUACCUCAUCCACAUGUCAUCAGAAAAAUAUUAAUAAUAAUAAAAAUGUUGGCAAUUUACUGUCUGACAAAAUUCAACAAGAAAAUCAGCCUCAGUGGCCUGAAAACUUAGAAAUGGAAAAUGAUGUCAUAUCAUUGCAGCAAAAUUCAUCAAGUGAUUCCCAGUGGUCAAAUGGUUCUCAUGUAUUCAACUCAUCAAAUGGUCUAACAAUGUUUCUAACUGAAGCUUCAGUUCAGAUGUUUGAAGGGAAUUUUAACGAAUCUCAGAUCAGAUUGUGUAGGGAAUAA